GUUAAGUUUUCGACAGUCAAGAAGAUGUAAAAUAGAGCCUGCCUUUGAAUACCGAUUUAAGUUCAUCGACGCUCAUCCCAUCUGAUUGUUGAAGUACAGAAUAGUUAUAGAACUUUGUAUUAGUCUUCUUUUGUACAUCAUCAUUUAGUGAAUAAAGUUAUUCUUAGAAGUUGACUGAACUGUGAAUUGUUAAACGACUACUAUUAUUAUAGGAUCUAUAUAGGAAGUGCGAGAUUAGUUAAACAUAUUGGAAGAUGAAAAUUACCAGAAGAUCAAUAAAAAUCAGAGGAGUUUAGUUUGUGUAGUUUGUUUUACACCAAGAACUAUUACCAAAGUGAAUACAUGUUAUUUUUUGUGGACAUUGGCCACCUGUUCAGAAAGUGUCCAUCUAGAAUUUUCAGGUCAAUAGGAUUCUAACACGUCAGUACCAAGAACCUCUCAGAACUACUAACCAGAGAAAUGGCAGUAAAGGGGGCGGAUGUUGAUAUGGUUCUCAAUGCAUUGAGAGGAAAGGGAUUAUAUCAACAUGUUCAACUUCUCCUUAUGCAAUUAUGUUCUUUUUCGUCUGAUUUUCAACUACUUGGUAUGAUCUUCAUCGGACGAAUUAUUCCCCAUAAAUGCUCUGCGCCCCCUAAUGGUACUGAUAUAACCAUAGAUGAAGUAGAAUUAUCACCCAGUAAUUAUACAGUGGAAUACGGACAAUGUAAUAUAAAUAUUAAAUACAAUACCACUACUUCCACCAAUACAGAACACACACUACCAUGUAUAUAUGGUAUGACCUACACAGAGAGAAAAGAUGCAUCGAUCGUUUCAGAGUUUGAUCUUGUUUGUGAUCGUGACGCGCUCGGCGAUUUACCACAGACGCUGUUGAUAUUAGGACAAGCCAUUGGUGCGCUGGUUCUGCCGUUUUUCUCAGAUCGUUAUGGACGAAAACCAAUCAACAUUAUCAGCUAUGUUUGUGUCAUUGGGAUUGGCGUUGCUACAGCUUUCUCUAACAGUUAUAUAACGUUUGCCAUACUUCGACUGUUAAUGGGAAUAGUACAACAGGGGAUGGUAUUGAGCCUUACUACGUAUUCUAUGGAAGUGUAUUCGACGCAAUAUAGAAGAUAUGUAGCAGUUAUUACUACUGUCGUUUGUGGGGUCUCUUUUGUCUCCAUGACCCCAUUCGGAUAUUUUUUGCGAAUGGAAAGUUGGCGAACCCAGCAACUUGCUUUUUGCUCUGUGUCGCUGUACAUUAUUAUUGAAGUCAUAUUUCUAGAUGAGUCGUUAAGAUGGUUGGUAGCAAAUGGAAAAUAUGACAUCGCUCUCAAGAAUGUAAAGAAGGCAGCUAAAUGGAAUAAGGUUGAUGUCAAUGUGGUUGUAGAAAAAUUUAACGAGAUGAUAGAAAAACAGACCUUAGCUACUUCCGAGCCGGAGAAGGACGGUCAGCUUCUUUUAAACGAGGGUGAAACGAUGCCAAUUGAGAAAAUAGAGAAAUAUAGUUUAUUAGAUAUUUUGAAGAGAAAGAAAUUGGCAUUAAACACAGUCAUUCUGUGGUAUCUAUGGUGCACGGCUGCUUUGUCAUAUUUUGGUUUAUAUUUUACGUCGUCGACUCUAGUUGGCGAUAAAUAUCUCAACUACUUCCUGAAUGCGUUAAUGGAAUUUCCUUCUGGGGUUUUAUUCUUUCUGCUUGUUGAUAGAUUUGGUAGAAAGAGAACACUAGCAAUAUUUUUUGCUGUAUGUGGGAUUGGUAUGAUCAUUGCUACUAUUAUUAAAGUUACAUCCGAUAGUUAUGCAGCAUCAAUUUGUGUAACUAUUUUUUCAAUGGUUGGUAAAAUUGGAGCCGGUGGUGCUUUUGGUGCAUGUUUUUUCUACACCCCAGAAAUAUUUCCUACCAAUUUAAGGAAUGUUGGACUCGGAUCAACGUCCGUAGCUGCUCGAGUUGGUGGCAUGUUGGGUCCAUUCUCAAGAGUUUUGGCUCAACAUAUAUCAUGGGGUCCAGCGGCUAUAUUCGGUGGCUGCUGUUUACUUGCCACCCUCUUGAUCAUCUUUUUACCGGAAACGACGGGAAAGGAACUUCCACAGACUAUGGCGGACGUGAAACUUCUGUACAAAAAGAUACCAGAUGGAUCGACAGUAAAACUGAAGGAUGGACAGACAGAGAUAAUAAAAUCGUAAUUUUAAAUAGAUAAACAAUAUCUAAAAUGGCGAUUUGUCUUUAAAAAAACAGCGCGAAAUAAAUGAAGUUAACCCGA